AUGUCAAAGCCUGAAAGCAAAGCUCCUCCAAACCCUCCAACAACUCUACCCAAAAACCCAAACUCUUCUCCACCCCCCACCCCCAACAACUCUACCCAAACCCUAAACAACUCUACCCAAACCCUCAACAACUCUACUCCAAACCCUCAACAACUCUACUCCAAACCCCCCAACAACUCUACUCCAAACCCUCAACAACUCUACCCAAACCCUCAACAACUCUACCCAAACCCUCAACAACUCUACUCCAAACCCUCAACAACUCUACUCCAAACCCCCAACAACUCUACUCCAAACCCUCAACAACUCUAUCCAAACCCUCAACAACUCUACUCCAAACCCUCAACAACUCUACUCCAAACCCCUCAACAACUCUACCCAAACCCUCAACAACUCUACUCCAAACCCCCAAACAACUCUACCCAAACCCUCAACAACUCUACUCCAAACCCUCAACAACUCUACUCCAAACCCUCAACAACUCUAGCCAAACCCUCAACAACUCUACUCCAAACCCUCAACAACUCUACCCAAACCCUCAACAACUCUACCCAAACCCCCAACAACUCUACCCAAACCCUCAACAACUCUACUCCAAACCCCCCAACAACUCUACCCAAACUCCCAACAACUCUACCCAAACCCUCAACAACUCUACUCCUAACCCCCCAACAACUCUACUCCAAACCCUCAACAACUCUACCCAAACCCUCAACAACUCUACUCCUAACCCCCCAACAACUCUACUCCAAACCCUCAACAACUCUACUCCAAACCCUCAACAACUCUACUCCAAACCCUCAACAACUCUACUCCAAACCCCUCAACAACUCUACUCAAAACCCUCAACAACUCUACCCAAACCCUCAACAACUCUACUCCAAACCCUCAACAACUCUACUCCAAACCCUCAACACCUCUACUCCAAACCCCUCAACAACUCUACUCCAAACCCUCAACAACUCUACUCCAAACCCCUCAACAACUCUACUCCAAACCCUCAACAACUCUACCCAAACCCUCAACAACUCUACUCCAAACCCUCAACAACUCUACUCCAAACCCUCAACAACUCUACUCCAAACCCUCAACAACUCUACUCCAAACCCUCAACAACUCUACUCCAAACCCCUCAACAACUCUACUCCAAACCCCUCAACAACUCUAGCCAAACCCUCAACAACUCUACCCAAACCCCCAACAACUCUACCCAAACCCUCAACAACUCUACUCCAAACCCCCAACAACUCUACUCCAAACCCUCAACUACUCUACCCAAACCCUCAACAACUCUACCCAAACCCUCAACAACUCUACUCCAAACCCUCAACAACUCUUCUCCAAACCCUCAACAACUCUACCCAAACCCUCAACAACUCUACUCCAAACCCCUCAACAACUCUACUCCAAACCCUCAACAACUCUACCCAAACCCUCAACAACUCUACUCCAAACCCUCAACAACUCUACUCCAAACCCCUCAACAACUCUACCCAAACCCUCAACAACUCUACCCAAACCCCCAACAACUCUACUCCAAACCCUCAACAACUCUACUCCAAACCCUCAACAACUCUACUCCAAACCCUCAACAACUCUACUCCAAACCCCCCAACAACUCUUCUCCAAACCCUCAACAACUCUACUCCAAACCCUCAACAACUCUACUCCAAACCCCUCAACAACUCUACUCCAAACCCUCAACAACUCUACCCAAACCCUCAACAACUCUACUCCAAACCCUCAACAACUCUACUCCAAACCCUCAACAACUCUACUCCAAACCCUCAACAACUCUACUCCAAACCCCUCAACAACUCUACUCCAAACCCUCAACAACUCUACUCCAAACCCCUCAACAACUCUAGCCAAAACCUCAACAACUCUACCGAGACCCCCAACAACUCUACCCAAACCCUCAACAACUCUACUCCAAACCCCCAACAACUCUACUCCAAACCCUCAACUACUCUACCCAAACCCUCAACAACUCUACCCAAACCCUCAACAACUCUACUCCAAACCCUCAACAACUCUUCUCCAAACCCUCAACAACUCUACCCAAACCCUCAACAACUCUACUCCAAACCCCUCAACAACUCUACUCCAAACCCUCAACAACUCUACCCAAACCCUCAACAACUCUACUCCAAACCCUCAACAACUCUACUCCAAACCCUCAACAACUCUACCCAAACCCUCAACAACUCUACCCAAACCCCCAACAACUCUACUCCAAACCCUCAACAACUCUACUCCAAACCCUCAACAACUCUACUCCAAACCCUCAACAACUCUACUCCAAACCCCCCAACAACUCUACCCAAACCCUCAACAACUCUACUCCUAACCCCCCAACAACUCUAA